ACGUGGACUUUGCAUGUACGGGGGCUUGCCUGCAAGAACCGCUGGAGAAAUGGCCGCGCAGAAGGAAUUCUUUUCGGGUAUUUCCAAGAUCCCAUAUAAACCAGACUCUGGACCCAGAGAUGUCAUGUGCUUCAAAUACUACAAUGCAGGAGAGGUGCUGAUGGGGAGGACGAUGGAGGACUGGCUGAGGUUCUCCGUCUGCUACUGGCACUCCUUCUGUGGAACCGGUGCUGAUCCUUUUGGGUUCCCGACCCUCCUGCGGCCCUGGAACGAAGGGACUCCCAUGGAAUCGGCCAAGAACCGACUGCGCGCUGCUUUCGAGUUUUUCACCAAGCUUGGUGUGAAGCAUUACACGUUUCACGACAGAGACAUGUCCCCCGAGGGCUCUACCCUGGAGGAGUCCAACAGGAAUCUGGAUGAAAUAACCGACCUGGCUCUUCAGCUGCAGAACCAGACAGGAGUCAAGGUGCUGUGGGUCACGUGCAACCUCUUUGCCCACCCAAGGUACAUGAACGGAGCGGCCACCAACCCCGACUGCCACGUUCUGGCCUACGCCGGUGCUCAGGUGAAAAAGGGUCUGGAUAUUGCCAAGAAGCUGGGUGCAGAAAACUUUGUGUUUUGGGGAGGGAGAGAAGGUUUCCACUCCAUCCAUAACACGGAUGUCGCGGCUGAACUGAGACACAUGGCCAACUUCUUCAGAAUGGCCGUCGACUACAAGGAAAAGAUUGGUUUGAAGUGUCAGUUUCUAAUUGAACCGAAGCCUAAGGAGCCCUGCAAGCACCAGUAUGAUUACGACGCUAUGAGUGUUAUAGGGUUCUUAAAGCAUUACUCACUGGACAGCCACUUUAAGUUGAACAUCGAGCCCAACCACACCACUCUGGCAGGACACUCGUAUGAACAUGACGUCGUCGUGGCCUCUGCUUUUGGCAUGCUGGGUUCGGUUGACUCAAACACUGGCUCUCCUGACCUCGGGUGGGACACAGAUCAGUUCCCAAUGGACAUCAGGAACACCACCUUGGUCAUGAAGACCAUUGUUGAACAAGGCGGCCUGCAGCCAGGAGGCCUGAACUUCGAUGCUAAAGUGCGCAGGGAGUCGACCGACCUCGAGGACUUGUUCAUCGCUCACAUCGGAGCCAUGGACGCCUUCGCGAGAGGGCUCAGAAAUGCCGUCCGCAUCAUCGAAGACGGGCUCAUCGCUGGUAUGGUGAAGGAGCGAUACUCCAGCUUCAGUCACGGCCUUGGACAGAAGGUGGAGGGUGGUUCUGCCACCUUGGAGGAGAUGGAGGCUUUCAUCAAGCUGAACGGUGAGCCCAAAGUCACAUCGGGAAAGCAAGAAAAAUACGAAUCCAUCUUUAAUCAUUACAUAUAAUAAAAAAACAUUAUCUCCCUG